UCCAAUUUACCCCUCAGCGGCUCCCCCCUCCCCUUAACAAACGAAACGAAGCAAGGAGCCCUGUGCUGCCCUAACCAGACCAUCCAACGCCUCAAACAGCGACCGAGAAUCGCCCCUCGAGAAAGUCAUGCCCGUCGUGCACGUCGUCCUGAUGGCCUUUGAGCCGCUGGCGACGCCGCAGGAGACGGACAAGAUUGUCCAGAGCAUGCUGGCCCUGAAGGACAAGUGCAUCCAUCCGGCCACGCAGAAGCCGUAUGUCAAGUCCACCAAGGGAGGCGCCAACCUGACCUCGGACGGGUUUGCGGAGGGAUACUCGCAUUCCUUCGUCAUGGAGUUCGAGACCGGGGAGGAGUGCGCCUACUACAGCGACGAGGACCCCGUGCACCUGGAGUUCAUCGAGAGCACGUCUGGCAUCGUGUCCAAGACGCUGGUCGUUGACUUUACCCCCGGCGUCUUCUAGCUGGGGGGUCGCGGCGUCAGGCUAUAUGACAGCCAAAUACAACCUAGUCCUUGUGUGCAUGGUCUCGCAUUUUGUGGGAUGCUGUUGGCGCGCGAGGCGUGUCCAGACGAUGCUGCCCGCAGUUGUCGCCCGCGGUUAAUACUGGGGUACGGGCGCCAAGCUAGGCAGGCGACGAGCUCUGCCUUGCCCUUGGGGAGGCGGGUGGAUAAGGGAGGAUGAUCUUGAGCUGCUGGCCUGAGCCGCCCGCCCGCCCUUGGCGUGAUCAGAACCUGGUCUAACACAACGGCGGUCUAGACGCCCGGCCCGGCCCUAGCGAUACAAUGAGAGUCGCUUCGAGGGCGGAUACGACCUAAUAGGUGAUGAGCUGGUGUAGCAAUGUCUUGGCCAACGUGCAGGCUCGCAGAGGUCCACUCGCCCUUGCAUACGCGAGGGGGUUGGA